GAGAGAUCUAUGAGAUGAAGAGAGAAAGAAAUGCAUGGGAGAAACGAAAACUAGAGGAAAAAACAAGAAGAGAAGAAGAGGAUAAGAAAAGAAGAGAGAAAGAACAGAGAGUUUAUGGUGAAUUUAACCAGAGACUGAAACAAGAGAGAGAGAGAAUGAAAAGAGAGAAAGAAGAUCUUCAAUAUAAACAUGAAGCAAAAGAAAACAAGAUGAAGAUUCUGAUGGAGGAGAGAGUGAAGAAAAUGAACAGAGAAAGAGAAGAACUGAUGAAGAAACAUGAAGAAGAGAAAGAGAGAAUAAAGAUGAUGAUGAUGGAGAAAGUGGAGCAACUGGACAGAGAAAAAGAAGAACUGAUAAAGAAACUCGAAGAAGAGAAAGAGAGAAUGAAGAUGAUGAUGAUGGAGAAAGUGGAGCAACUGGACAGAGAACGAGAAGAACUGAUGAAUAAACCUGAAGAAGAGAAAGAGAGAAUAAAGAUGAUGAUGAUGGAGAAAGUGGAGCAACUGGACAGAGAAAAAGAAGAACUGAUAAAGAAACUCGAAGAAGAGAAAGAGAGAAUGAAGAUGAUGAUGGAGGAAGAACGACAGAAUAAUGACAAAGAGAGAAAGAGAAGACAAGAAGAGUUUAAUGAGAGAGAAGAACAAUAUAAAAGAGAAAUGAAAGAGAAAGAAGAGAGUGAGGAGAAGAUCCAUGAGGAGAUGAAGAGAGAAAGAGAGGAAUGGGAGAAACAGAAACUGGAGGAAAAGACACGGAGAGAAGAAGAGGAUGAGAAAAGAAGAGAGAAAGAACAGAGAGAUUUGCAUAAGAAGAAGAAAAGAUGA